CCACCACCACCACCACCACCACCACCACCACCACCAUUGCCGCCCCCGCCACCGCCACCACCACCGCUACCGCCACCGUCACCGCCUAGACCAUAUCCGCCAUAUCCUCCUUUAAUGCCAAGGUUCCCGUUCUUUUUUCCCCGAUAUCGACCGCCAUAUCGUCCAGAGUACCCUGAAGACAGUGAAUCAAGACUAUUGGACCAACCACUGAGUGGUAAUGAACCUCUACCCUUUGCUGGGAUGCAAAGAUCAUAUACGCGCACCAAACGAGAUGCAAAAAACGAUAUCCUCGGGAAUAGAUUUGACAUUUCUUGCAUCAGUAGGGGAGAAGUAGAAUCCGAAGAAUCAAAUUUGAUGAAUCUGUGUGGUGCUUGUUGGACUUGGCGACAACUUCCAGAAGAUUAUUUUCCAAGAUUGGUCAAUGAACUCCUAUGCCAUAAAGACAGUGAAGGCACUUGCCUCUCUGGGUGGGGAACUUGUCACCAACGGUACCGUAACGUUGAUGUCCUCAAAAAGGUUGCAGGCAAAUGGGAGACCACAACUAUCUCUAUCGCUAAUUGUUGUGACUGCAAAGUUAGGGCUGGAACUGAGGCUCACGCAUUGGUAAUUGGCAAAUAUACUUAA